AUGAGAGAUGGAAAGAUUAUUCAAGCCGAGAAGUACGAAGAAAUUCUUAGUUCAGACACUGAUUUUAUGGAGUUAGUGGGUGCACAGAAGAAAGCUUUGGCAGAACUUAAUUACGUCAAACAUGGGGCUGAUUUAGAUAAUCUAAUUAAUGGAGAGAAAGAUGGUAAUAUGUUAUGGAGCGAGAAGUCUAUUCAAGAUAACGAGGUAAAAGAAUCCAAAAACCACAAAACUGAAAAAUUGGCUGGGCCAAAAGAGCAACUUGUCCAAGAAGAAAAGAAAGAAAAUGGUGGAAUUAGUCCUUCAGUCUACUGGAAAUAUGUUACGGCUGCAUAUAAAGGAGCUUUUAUACCAUUGAUACUAUUGGCACAUAUUCUUUUUGAGCUUCUCUUAAUAGUCAGUGGUUACUGGAUGGUGUUGGCUAAUCCUGUUUCAGAGAAU